UCAGAACUAAUCAAUUUCUUUGUUCGCCUGCCAAACAGAUCUCAUUCCUUCACUGAGACUUACUCAUACAAUCGAGGUCAUCAUUCAUCGAAUUGCCUGCCCCUGCCCUCGGCGCACCCGCCUUCACCUUUCGACACCGCCGCGGCUGCUGUCUUUCAUUCCAUUCACCGUCCUUCCCGCUCUCAUCCGCCGGUACUCGCAUUCAUAACCGGGCCCGGUCUCGAUUCGCAAGUGGCUGGUGUCCAGUGUAAAUACGAACAGACCCUGGGAAACGCAACUACGAGUCCGAUUCCAAGCCGUUGACAAGUCUCUCCCCCCCCGGGACACGCAACCAUUCUUCCCUGUCAAAACCAUUCGACAAGUGCGGGGAGGAUUCCAGGGUUCUCGGCACACUCGUUCAUCCCACCCCACGAGUCAGUUACAUCCUGGACGCGAUGCUCAAGAAGAGGACUCUACAUCCUCCCAUCCUUUUUCGGCAUCACACUCCCACUACGACGCCUGAACUCUCUCCGACGACUUCUUCAUCGGACAGCGACUCGGACGAGGACAUGGACUCGCCCCGUCCGCGUCCGCUGAGUCUGACCGUUCCCCCUGGCGCAUUUUGUCCCAUGCGUCCCUCCUUAGAUGAGGUGCUUGCGAACACCGCCCCUGCACCCUAUACCCUCAGUGCCUUCAUGGCCUAUCUCUCCCAGAAUCAUUGCUUGGAAACCCUUGAAUUCACCCUGGAGGCGAAGCGGUACCGGGAAACAUACAAUGCUCUGAGUCGCCAGCUAAAUCAAUCGCCGAUUGCCACUGAAUGUCCCGAAAGUCAACAUCUGCGCAUGCUUUGGCAACGACUCCUGACAGCCUAUAUCAUCCCCGGCUCCCCGCGCGAGAUCAACGUCUCCAGUGAAGUACGCGAAGAUAUCCUUCGAUAUGCCAACCAAACCCCACCGCCACCCCCGGAAAUCCUGGACGUUGCCGUCAAACUCGUCCACGACUUGAUGGAAGAGUCGAUCUUCAUCCCGUUCUUGAACGCCCAUGCCACCGCCGCUCACGUGUUCCCGUUAUCAGAGCCACUUUUCCCCCACGAGGAGGACAUCACGGUUGUCUCGAAUGCAAGUCUGGACGAUCACACCGUGAAGCGGGUUCGUUCGAAAGGCCGACGCUUAUCACCCCGUUCGUCUAAGGAGCUAGGCUCCCCGGUCUCCGUCGGGUCUCCGACCGGCCACUCCACUCGCUCGAACUUUUCAUUGAGUGCGAUGACGUCUUCCCUGAGCAAGGCAGGCCAUCGCACGUCGAGUAACGUCACCAGCGCGAGCGGAGAGUCCGCUUCGGGCGGCGCACUAACGGACGAUUCGGGAAGUGUGCAGUCGAAUGUGAGUGCGGGCGAACCGAUGACACCGCCGACGACACCGCCUUCGAGUGACCCUCAUUGCAUGCAACUUGGCCACAGUCCGAAGCGGUCUGACAAUCCCUGGAAGAAAAUGGGAAUGAAGUUAGGCUUCAAGAAGCGCUCGGGGAACAGUGGUUCUGGCAGUCACCAUUUCAAGUUGAACGGCAUGGAUGAAUGACUGGCCGUUCGAGCCCAGCAGACACGGCCUGCUUUACCCCGCAAGCCGAGCACUUUCUGGCAGACUGUGAAGCUUUGCUGCUGUCCUCUAUGCGGAUCGCAACCUUUCCUCCACCCCUGAUCCACCUAUUAUGGAGUCUUCCCACGAAACGGCUAGCAUUCUUCCACCUUCCCUUCCUCCGACAGACUCGACACCCGCGAAGCUAUCUCUCAAAACGUUAACAAUGUGCCUACGACUGGUUUUCCGAUUUAUCUAGCCAACCUUCCUCUCCAAGUUGGAGUCCGAGAGGAUGACGACGACGAUGGUGUAAUGCAUGUGCAUCUCUAAUUUUAUAUGUUCCCGGUCCGGGAA